GUGACGACCUACAAGGUGAUGAUCUGCAAAGUGAUGACCUGCGAGAGGAUGACCAACAACUUGAUAAAAAUCAACAAACUGAUGAUACAAUUGCCGAACCUACUUAUUUGAAUAUAGAAAGUGCUAAAAUUAGUGACGAUGAAGAUGAUGUUAAUGACAAAAAUAGUUAUAGUGAGGAGAAGAAUAGAACGAAUAACAAAAAUUCUGCUAAAACUGAGGAUGGAUCUGAAAAGAAUAUCACAAUAGAUCCUUUGUAUGAACUUUUUCAGCGGGUUUUUGUAAAUGAUUCUUGGAAUUGUGCUUCACCGAUUGAAAAGCCGUAUUAUUCGGCAAGAAUCUUCUUUCUUGUUUGCUACUUGUGCGGAAAUCAAAACGUAACAAAAUCUCCAAAGGGCAAACAGCCUUUGUGUGUUAAAUGUAAUGGAAAACCUUUACCAAAAAAGCAGUUUAAAUAG